GUUGUAGCGAUCCGGGGUUGCUUGAAAGUCGGAUCAACCCUGUGCUGAGCGGUGGCAGUGGGAUUCAAACUCAAGACCGGCGGCUGCCAAAGCGCAGGCCUCACCAAGGUAAACUUCAAGGGAAACGCUACCAGUGUUCAGGUGAUGGCUGCCGCAUGGCUUUCCAGAGCAUGAGGGAGCUGCUGGACCACUUGAGUGUUCAUUACCGGCCCCCGCAGUCACUGGAGGGCAAGACCUUCUGCUGCUCCACUCUGGGCUGUGCAGAAACCUUCUCCUGCAUGCAAGAUCUCAUGGAACACACGAAGAUCCACUGCAAGCCAAACCGUUAUUUCAAAUGCGAGAACUGUAUGUCGCGCUUCCAAACGCACCGCUCCCUCUUCAAACACCUGCACGUCUGUUCCGACAACCGCGGCCCUUCGUCAGCCCUGCUGGAGGAGAAGCCUGCCUUUCCUACUACCUCUGGUCCAGAGAAGGAGCCUCCGGGGAACCGGCUGAACCGGCUGCCCAGAUUCCAGAGCGUCAUCCAGCAUGCAAAGAAGGAAGCCGUCCUUCCCAGUGGAACGGAGGCUGCCUCAGCCCUGGAGAGAGACUCGCUGCCAGCAGGACUCCCCAGCCCCUUGGGACCCGUGCCGUCGCCCUCACACCCCUUUUCUCUGUUGGAGGCCCCCCUCUUUGGACCGCCCCCCCCGGCACGCUCCUCUGGGCCGCCGCACUCCCCAGGACCAGGGCCAUUCUUGCCCUAUAUGCACCCCCCACCAUUCCCUUUACCUCCAAAUCGUCUCCGGCCGUACCUUCCCGUCCAAGGCCUUCCCGUCUCCAAUGCUGUGUGGAAAAAAAGCCAAGGGCACUCCUCCAACAGUCGCAUCGUCUGGGAACACACCCGAGGGCGCUACAGAUGCUUGCAGUGCUCCUACUCUGCUCCCUCACGGAAGGAGAUGACCCAGCACCUGGAGGACCACCGCAAGAACGCCCUCCCCACGGGCCGCCUGGAGGGGGAAAUGGACUUUGGGGUCAGCCUCCCCCCCUUCCACUCGAAGAUGCCACCAGAAAUGGACACCUCCCUCUACUCGCCGCUUUGAAGCUUCCACUACGCGGCCCGUGUCUCCUUCUGUUUGUUUCCUGAUUGACCCCGGAAUGGGCUGGAGGGGAUGCUAGACAGCACAUGCAGACUCUGGGCGGGCAGCCGAUAGGCUCUGGGUUGGCUUCUAAAUAGUUCUUUGGGGCAUUUCUCUCCCCCCCCCCUUCUUUUCAAACAUCCCCACAGCCUUGUCUCUGAAUUGGCCACUUUCUGCAUGGCUGCAAUCUUUUUGGAAAGAUCCCCUUCGAUAACCCGCCUCGAGUUUCACUGUGAAAGGUGGGGCUAUAAAUGAAGUCUGCAGACACAGCCAUUUCGGCAUACCACCUGUCCAGGAAGGUCCCACCCCACAUGGACGCCGUGUUCCUUGCUUGCUUUGGCCACGCAGGUCACAGCUGGCUGCUGCACUGGAACGAUCCACUGCCGAGGUCCUGCCCCACUGAAUCUUCAGAUUUCAUUGAAGAAAGG